GUCUUGCUCCUUAGCCGGACUGAAACCAGAAGAUGGAGGAAUCUCAUGAGAUAGCCAGCUUUGAGGAUAGCCUCAAAUCUCGGCCACCGGCAACCCCAGAUAUCUCCGCCAGUUUCUACCCCAACUCCUCAGCCAUUCCGCCGGAGCUUCUCCGUAACGCCACCGGAAACCCCUGGAACACAUUUUUGAAUUUCACCGGAUGUCAUGCCGGCAAGAAAUACGAUGGUCUCUACAAGCUUAAGCAAUAUUUCAAACAUUUUGGCUACAUCCCCGAAACUGAUCUCUCCGGAAACUUCACAGACGACUUCGACGAUAUCCUUAAGAACGCCGUCGAAAUGUACCAGAGAAACUUCCAGCUAAAUGUCACCGGAGUACUCGACGAGCUCACUCUCAAACACGUCGUGAUCCCGCGUUGCGGCAACCCCGACGUAGUCAACGGCACCUCAACUAUGCAUAGCGGUAGAAGAACCUUUGAGGUCUCCUUAGCUGGGCGGGGACAACACUUCCACACCGUCAAACACUACUCUUUCUUCCCCGGAGAGCCACGGUGGCCUAGAAAUCGCCGUGAUCUAACAUACGCUUUCGACCCGCGAAACUCGUUGACCGAAGAGGUCAAGAGUGUGUUCUCACGCGCAUUCGCUCGUUGGGCGGAGGUGACUCCGCUUACGUUCACGCGCGUGGAAAGGUUCUCGACCUCCGACAUAAGCAUCGGAUUCUACUCCGGAGAGCACGGUGACGGAGAGCCGUUCGACGGCCCAAUGAGAACGCUAGCACACGCGUUCUCGCCCCCGACAGGACACUUCCACCUAGACGGAGAAGAGAACUGGGUCGUAUCCGGUGAAGGAGGCGACGGUUUUAUCUCCGUGGCUGAGGCUGUUGAUCUAGAAUCGGUGGCUGUUCACGAGAUUGGACAUCUUCUAGGGUUAGGCCAUUCCUUGGUCGAAGGUUCUAUCAUGUAUCCAACCAUCAGGACGGGUAGGCGUAAAGUUGAUUUAACGACCGAUGACGUGGAAGGAGUCCAAUAUUUGUACGGUGGGAAUCCUAACUUUAACGGCUCUAGAUCUCCACCACCGUCUACUCAACAACGAGACACUGGCGAUUCCGGUGCUGCUGGUAGAAGCGACGGUUCUAGAUCGCCGCAGAGCUCCAGCGUCGAUCACCAGUGCUUAGCCACGCUCAAAGAUAAAUCCUCGUACGUCUCUUCUCUCGCCGUCUCCGAUAAAUUACUCUACACCGGCUCUUCCAAUAGUGAGAUACGUGUAUGGCCCCGUGAACCUCCGUUCUCACCGGAAUAUUCCACCGGCGAUGAUCGUAACGUAGUUUCCACUGGAAACGGUGGAGUUAAAUCGUUGGUGAUUCAUGGCGACAAGCUAAUAAGUGCUCAUCAGGAUCACAAGAUUCGUGUAUGGAAGAUCAUCGACGAGAGCAGUCGCAGAGGUCAGAAGUACAAGUGUGUAGCUACUCUUCCGACGAUGAACGACCGUUUCAAGAACCUCUUUAGUAGCAAAAGCUACGUGGAAGUCCGACGACACAAGAAGUGCACGUGGGUUCACCACGUGGACGCAGUGUCAUCACUAGCCUUGUCACAAGACGGCUCUCUGCUUUACUCUGCUUCGUGGGAUCGGAGUUUCAAGAUAUGGAGAACAUCCGACUUCAAAUGCUUGGACUCUAUCGAAAAGGCUCACGACGACGCGAUUAAUGCCGUCGUGGUGUCUAAAGACGGUUUUGUGUACACGGGUUCGGCAGAUAAGAAGAUCAAAGUGUGGAACAAGAAGGACAAGAAACACUCACUGGUCGCUACACUGACUAAACAUCUCUCGGCAGUGAACGCGUUGGCGAUUAGUGAAGACGGGAAGGUUCUUUACUCAGGAGCGUGUGAUAGAUCGGUUCUUGUGUGGGAGAGAUUGAGCAAUGGAGAUGACGAGGAGUUACAUAUGUCUGUGGUGGGAGCUUUAAGGGGACACACGAAGGCGAUUAUGUGUUUAGCGGUUGCGUCUGAUUUGGUGUUGAGUGGAUCAGCGGAUAAGAGCUUGAGGGUUUGGAAGAGAGGAUUAAUGGAGAAAGAGGGUUAUUCUUGUUUGGCGGUUUUGGAAGGACAUACCAAGCCUGUUAAGUGUUUAGCCGUCUCAGUUUCUGAAUCCGAUUCUAAUUCUGAUUAUUCUUGUAUGGUUUAUAGUGGGAGUCUUGAUCUUUCUCUUAAAGUUUGGAACUUAAGGGUCUCAUCUAUUUAACAACUUAUUUUACAGUCUAUAACGUGACUAUGAUUACUCUCUCUUAAUUAGUCUAUAAACUUAUGAAUGUGUU